AUGGUGCGUCUGACUGUCGAUCUGAUUGCUAAAUCUAGGAACCACUUCAAAAAGAAAAGGGGCCUCUCCCUCUCAGAGUAUCUCAAGACCCUCACCCACCUCCGCUUUUCCAACAAAAAUAUUGAAAGUAUUGGAGAUCUUUCCAUGUGCAGAAACCUCACUGUUCUUUACCUGUAUGAUAAUCAGAUCACACACAUUUCCAACCUCGACUUCGCCUUCAACCUCACCCAUCUGUAUAUGCAGAACAACGACAUCACUCAUGUAGAUAAUCUCUGCAAUCUGCAGAAACUUUCCAAACUGUAUCUGGGUGGAAACAGAAUUGCAGUGGUGGAAGGCUUAGAGCAGCUCCAUGAGCUCAAGGAGCUUCAUCUGGAGAGUCAGAAGCUGGCACCAGGGGAAAAGUUGCUCUUUGACCCCAGGACUCUGCUCUCACUUGCUGAUUCUCUUUGUGUCCUGAAUAUCAAUAAGAACAACAUUGAUGAUAUCAGAGACCUGGCAGUGCUGAAGGAACUCCGGCAUUUUUCUGCUGCUGACAAUAAAUUGUACAAUAUGGAGGAGCUAGAAGAUGUGUUCAGCCUGUGGCCUCAGCUCCUUCUAAUGGAUUUAAGUGGAAAUCCUGUGUGUAAAAAGCCAAAGUACAGAGACCGCCUGAUAACGGAGUGCAAAAGCCUUGAAGCUCUCGAUGGAAGGGAAAUUAAUGAGUUAACCAGACAGUUCCUUAUUAACUGGAAAGCAACCAAAGAGGCCAAGAAGAGAAAAAACAACAAGCACGUGCUGUCUGAAUCAUCAGUCUCCUAUCCUUUAACAAAUGACUUUAACAUGGGUCAGGGUCCACAUCCUGGUCACAUCUACAGUCACGCCAACAUGCAGAGCUGGAAGCCACAGCAGUCUCUCAGGGCACAGAAAUUAGAGAUUCCUGUGGCUGUGUCAUCAGGCACCUACAGUCACAUGGAGGCUUAGGACAAACCUACCAGUCGACUAACACCUCCACUUUACGCACACAUCAGCCAGAGCCCAGGACAGGCCAUGCAUCUGCC